UGUGCCUGCUAAACAACAAGCAAAAGAUGCUUGCAGAGUGGAUCUUGCUCCCCAAACCGACUAGCAUACAUGCCAGCUCCAGCCAAUUGCUAUCACACAUCACGAAAUCUGAGCUGCCUUGCUGAUUCCUCCUGCCAGCAUGAGAAACAACCAGGCAACGAGGCAGCAACUGUGGGUGAAGCUAGCAGGUCAACCGUUCUUUCCUUGUUUCCUUGCACGUUCACUGAUCUCAUGAUCUAGAUCUCAAUGUAAACAACAUAAUACAUGCUGCUUAUAAUUGGGAGAUAGCACUAUGAGAGCUUCAUCAGGCCACAUUCAGAGAUUCCUCUUGCUCAGGUUGAACAUACAGAAAGCAUCAACCUGCAGUGGAGACUAGUGGCUAUGUCGCAACAGCCCAGCACUUCAUGACCAGAGAGAUUCUUCUUGUCGGUAGGGUCCACAAUGCCAUUGCUUCAGCUUCUUUGGUUAUAUAUACCGGGAAACCGUAUACCUGGUCGACACCAUUGCAGAUAAUUUUCUCUCCAUUCUCUUCACUUCCAGUUUCAGCCAUGGCUUCCAUUAUCAGAUCCACGAGUUUGCCUUCCAGCCUUCGAUCUGAAGAAAUCGACAUUGAAGAACAGCUGCAGAGCCUCAAGGAAACCAUCUCUUCUGCUACCAUUGAGACAAUUGUCGAUGGUAUCAAAAGGCUUGGAGAAGUGUACAACAACAUUGAGCAGACAAUUUGCUCAUCCAGUAGCCAAGCUAGCCUGUGCCGAUUACAACAGAGGAAAAUGGUAGAGCAAGAGGUCGAGCUCUCCCUUGUCUUGCUCGAUCUCUGCAACACCAUGCAAGAGAACUUUUCAGAGAUCAAGAUCAACAUCCAGGAGAUGCAGCUGGCUAUCAAGAGAGGAGAUGACUUGGCCCUUCAAGCCAGGAUCCAGUCUUACAUCCACUUGGCCAAGAAAGCACAUAAUCAGUUCAAGAAGAUCAGCAAGAAGCCUACUUCAGUUGAUAAGGACAGCUGCAGGGUGGUCAAGCAUUUGGCUGAAGCCAGGGAGAUUGCAAUCUCCAUGCUAGAAUCCUUGUCCUAUCUUCUAUCGAAGCAAAUUGCUAUCUCAAGUUCCAGCAAAUGGUCCCUUGUUUCCAAGGCAAUCAAGAAAAGAAGAGUUGUUUGCGAGGAGAAAUUGCAAGAUACAGAGUUGGUCAUUGUAGAUCUUGAGAGCGUAGUUGAGACUUUGUUCAGGAAAUUGAUCCAGAGCAGAGUCUCUCUCCUCAACACUCUCAGUUUAUAGAUUAUGCACCAGCUCCAAUCCCUUGCGAUUGGUCAUAAUUUUGUAGCAUACCUGUAAAUGAGCAACUGUACAGAAAAUUACUGAAAAGGUCACAGUUUUGGUCAAACUACUGUUACCAAUUUUACUGUUUA